AAGAAAACCAAAUUAGCACAUACAAAGGAGGGAACAGGAAGCAGCAAAGAAAUGGCGAAAGGAAGCGACUUUCAAGAAACCCUAAAACCCUUUUACCAGAGAGCUGCAGAAGCCGAGGAACGUUUAUCCAGGCUAGAAGCUGCUCUUGAAAGUAAGAAAGGUGCUGGAAAUGCAGAUGCUGAAAAAGAAGAGCUCUUGAAAACAAUUUGUGAACUUCAAGGAAAGCUAGAAGAUGCAAAUACAGAGAUACUUUCAUUUCGAGAAAAGGAAAAGAAACUUGUUGCUGAGAUUGAAAAGCUCAAAUAUCGAGAGGUCCAUCUUGUCCGGGCAGUUAGAGAGGCUGACCAGAAAUUGGAUUCUAUGAAAGGUUGUGAUCUGAAAGCUACUGUGGAGACCACAAAGGAAUUGGAGAAGUUAAAAAUCUGAGUUUUUGACAUUCCAACUUGUAAUGGUUCAUAAUCCACACUAUAUUAUUUGAGGAAAAUGCCAUUGAUUGAGAUUUUGUCUGGGAAAAGACUAUCCUCUGUAACAAUAGAAUUCCUACAUAUGCUUGAUCUUAAUUUUGAAAUUGCUGAGUAAUGUUGUGGCUGU